AUGAAUACAUCCGAAUACGAAACGAUAGCAGAGCCCUUUACCUAUCUGCAAGACGUUAAUUUUGUCGAGUACUCGAAUGAAAAUGAAAAUUGCAUCAAUGAUUUACGCACGUCUAAUUAUGAAACAUUCCCAAAUGAUAACAACUCUAUGUCAAACUUCCUGGCAAGUUUUGAAACGACUGAAAAUUUGUCGCCGAGAAAGGCCGAUCCGCAUAAUGUGCUUGAAACUUUAAAUCUAAACAGACUGCUCCAAGCGGAACUGGAUAGAGUCAGAGAGGGAAUUGAUGCGGCGAUUCAAAGAAAUAUAUCACUUCAAGCGCGUCUAAGCCAGUUGAGACAGGAAGAAACUGCCAUUUCAGAGAAGACUAUUCUUACAUCAUCAGCAUCACAAAGAACAUUCGGUCCACCAUUUUUUGUUGACACAGAUGGAAACACCCCACCAGAGAAUGAAGAUGAAACAAAUGAGCAGCCAUUGGUUUUUAAGAGUACAAGAUGGACUCAGUAUGAAAAAGAAGCGCUUCGAAGGGGAAUUCAAGAUCACAAUAUGAAACGGGAAGCUUUAAAAGCACUUAAAGAGUACGAAAUGAAACUUUUUUUAUACAUUGAAUUAUUGAUCAGGAAGGCUAACAAAAUUUUGUGGAGGAUGUGGAAUGGUCGCAAUUGGCAAAACAAUACGUAA